UCAGUUUUCAUAAAUCUAUGGUAAUGGAAGGCGUUGUAGAAGAAAGCUCAUCUUCGUUUUGUGGUACUUACAAUUUAAUGACGGCGGCUGAUUGAUUAGUUGGAAGUCGAAGUGCAAUUACGGAAAUUACACCCCCUACAUUGGUGCCGGUCACUUGGUAGUGGAUUUUUUCGUUGGAAGAGUAAAGAAAAGGCAUAAAACUGGUGUUCGAUAAGUCACUUGGCAAUAUGCCUGCCGUUAGGGGCGAUGGAAUGCGAGGACUCGCAGUCUUCAUAUCUGAUAUACGGAACUGUAAAAGUAAAGAAGCAGAAAUUAAGAGGAUCAACAAGGAAUUGGCUAAUAUUCGAAGCAAGUUUAAAGGCGACAAAACACUUGAUGGAUAUCAAAAGAAAAAGUAUGUCUGCAAGCUCCUGUUUAUCUUUCUCCUGGGCCAUGACAUCGACUUCGGGCAUAUGGAAGCUGUGAACUUGCUUUCCUCCAACAAAUACUCAGAGAAACAGAUUGGGUAUCUAUUCAUAUCUGUUCUUGUGAAUACUAACAGUGACCUGAUUAAGCUCAUCAUUCAAAGUAUCAAGAAUGAUUUGCAGUCCCGUAAUCCCAUCCAUGUCAACCUGGCCUUGCAGUGUAUCGCAAACAUCGGUAGUAAAGAUAUGGCUGAAGCUUUCGGCACUGAGAUUCCCAAACUACUUGUAUCUGGGGACACUAUGGAUGUUGUCAAGCAAUCUGCUGCACUUUGCCUCCUCAGAUUGUUUCGUAAGUCUCCUGAAAUAAUACCUGGAGGUGAGUGGACAUCAAGAAUUAUACAUCUUUUGAAUGAUCCACACAUGGGUGUGGUUACUGCUGCUACAUCUCUGAUAGAUGCACUUGUCAAGAAAAAUCCUGAAGAGUACAAAGGAUGUGUCACACUUGCAGUGGCAAGGCUGAGCCGCAUUGUUACAGCUAGCUACACAGACCUCCAGGAUUAUACAUAUUACUUUGUACCAGCACCAUGGCUUUCUGUGAAGUUGUUAAGACUUCUCCAAAACUAUACACCUCCCUCCGAGGAACCUGGUGUAAGAGGCCGCCUAUCUGAAUGUUUGGAGACCAUAUUCAACAAAGCUCAAGAACCUCCCAAGUCAAAGAAAGUUCAACAUUCAAAUGCUAAAAAUGCUGUUCUAUUUGAAGCAAUAAGUCUUAUUAUUCACAAUGACAGUGAACCUAACUUACUGGUGCGUGCUUGUAACCAGUUGGGUCAGUUCUUAAGCAACCGGGAAACCAACUUGAGAUACUUGGCCCUUGAGUCAAUGUGCCAUCUUGCUACAUCAGAAUUUUCUCAUGAAGCUGUCAAAAAGCAUCAAGAAGUUGUUAUACUGUCAAUGAAAAUGGAAAAAGAUGUAUCAGUGAGACAGCAAGCUGUAGACUUGUUGUAUGCAAUGUGUGACAAAACAAAUGCAGAAGAAAUUGUUCAAGAAAUGUUAGCUUACUUAGAAACAGCUGACUACUCUAUUAGGGAAGAAAUGGUUUUGAAGGUGGCAAUAUUAGCAGAAAAGUAUGCUACAGAUUUCACAUGGUAUGUAGAUGUGAUUCUCAAUCUCAUUAGAAUUGCUGGAGAUUAUGUUUCAGAAGAAGUUUGGUACAGAGUCAUUCAAAUUGUGAUUAACAGAGAGGAGGUUCAAGGGUAUGCUGCCAAAACUGUUUUUGAGGCUUUGCAAGCUCCAACAUGCCACGAAAAUAUGGUUAAAGUGGGUGGAUACAUUCUGGGCGAAUUUGGUAAUCUAAUUGCUGGUGAUACAAGAUCUUCCCCUCAAGUUCAAUUUGAGCUUUUACACUCUAAAUAUCAUUUGUGUUCCGCAGCGACGCGCGCACUUUUGUUAUCAACAUACAUAAAACUGGUAAACCUUUUCCCAGAGAUUAAAAAUCGUGUGAAAGAAGUAUUCCGUGCUGAUUCCAACUUGCGUUCAGCAGAUGUUGAGCUACAACAGAGAGCAUCAGAAUAUUUGCAGCUUAGUAUUGUAGCAAGCUCAGAUGUUUUAGCCACAGUACUGGAAGAAAUGCCAGCAUUCCCAGAAAGGGAAUCAUCCAUUCUUGCAGUUUUGAAAAAGAAAAAGCCAGGACGUAUUCCAGAUGAUGUAAGAGAAUCUAAGAGUCCACAACCAAAUGCCAUGCCAGCUCCAAUUGUGAAUUCCACAAAUAAUACUAAUAACUCGAGUGCUGAUCUUCUGGGAUUAUCUACACCUCCUGGUACAACUGCUCCUUCAGCUGGUAAUGGGCUGCUGGAUGUUCUUGGUGAUUUGUAUACCACUCCCAAAAUAAGUCCAAAUACUGUGCAGCAAAAUAAUAUCAAAAAAUUCUUAUUCAAAAACAAUGGAGUACUCUUUGAGAAUGACAUUAUACAAAUAGGAGUCAAAAGUGAGUUCAGACAAAAUCUAGGGAGGAUUGGAUUAUUUUAUGGGAAUAAAGCUUCCUACCCUGUUCUAAACAUCCAUCCUGAGCUUCAGUGGGCAGACAUGCACAAACUUAAUGUACAGGUAAAGCCUAUGGAACCUGUCAUAGAAGCAGGAGCUCAGAUUCAGCAAAUGUUAACAGCAGAAUGCAUUGAAGACUUUAUUGAUACUCCAAGUAUGACUAUCACUUUUAACUAUAACAAUGUACCACAAAAAAUUACCUUAAAAUUGCCCCUUACUUUGAACAAAUUCUUUGAACCUACAGAAAUGAAUGGAGAGUCAUUCUUUGCUAGAUGGAAAAAUCUUGGUGGGGAACAGCAAAGAGCACAAAAAAUAUUCAAGGCACAGGGAGCCAUAGAUUUGUCUGCAACCCGCACCAAACUAUCUGGUUUUGGUAUGCAGCUUUUAGACGGCAUAGAUCCCAAUCCUGAAAAUUUUGUAUGUGCUGGUAUCGUGCACACUCGUGUCCAGCAAGUAGGUUGCCUCAUGAGAUUGGAACCCAACAAGCAAGCUCAAAUGUAUAGACUGACAGUAAGGUCGAGCAAAGAAACUGUGUCACAAGAAAUUUGUAACCUGUUAGCUGAUCAGUUUUAGUAUGUUUGCAUAGUAAAUGUAGCUGGACCACUAAUCUUGAACAACAUAAAAUGAAUGGAAUUUAUAGACAAUGGUAGAGGCAUAAACAUUCACAAUUAGAUGCUAAAUGUGGUUUUCUCUUCAGACACACCUAUGAACUAAGCACUGGAUCCAGUUAAUGAGAAAAAAAUCUUUAUGUACAUUUUAGUUUGCACUGUUAAUGGCUAAAUUUUGAAGUGGAGUCGCUAGAAUAGGUAUUUUAUACCAGAGAUCAAUUUUAUUUUUAUUAAAUUACAAAAGGUUUAUAUUUUAUAUCUAUGUUCUCGAUUACAUUGAAGCUUUGAUAAUGUUGUUAUGACUAAGCUGCUCAUAUUAAUUUAUAGUGAUCUAACACCGGUACAUAUUCAUUUUGGGUUUUUAAAUAAUUAUGUACAAAUAUGUUUAUCUUUAGUGUCCGUUAUCAUAUUGGUUAGUAAAAUACUUUAUAAAACAUUGUAUGGUGAACUAUCUUUGAUUUAUAUUUUAUUUUUUAUUCUUCAUGUUGAAAGCUAAUCCAAAUCAUGUUUAUUUAACAGAGUUCUACUAAUGUGUACUACUCUGAUAAUUUAACUUCCAUUUUUUUUAAUAUAAAAUGAGAUUAAACAUUAUUUAUAGUCAUUACAUCCUGUUUUAUGAACAGUGAUUGGUUAAACAGGAUGCGAAAUUAAUAUUUUUUAUCACGAAACUUUUAUGAAAAGGUAAUAUUUAUUCAAAUAAAUUAUUUUUCAAUCUCGGAACCGCGGCACCUUUCCAAUGUAAUGGAGUAUCUAUUUAUUAACCAAUCACUGGUUAUUAUUAAGUCCUUAUUUACUGCAACAGCCCCUUGGUGCGGGAGGUGAUGUGGUGACGUCAUGAAAUGUGUCGCGUUGCAAAUCAUGUUUCGGCGCUUUCGCCCCGCACCGCUUGGCGGCGCUACAGUCCUUAUCUCAACAGCAGUCUCGAACAAUUUUAUAAAACAAAAAUGUCUUUGCAUUUUCUUGCUAAGUGACUGCAUCGUAAUCUAUACUAUGCCUUGAUGUAUAAAGUUAGAUAUCACCUAAAACUCAUUUCAUAUUAUGCUUACCCAUUUAAGGUUUCUUAAUAAUAUUAUAUGAUAUGGAUGAGCAAUACCAAAAUCUAUGUAAAAAACUUUACCUAAACCACUUUUCAAAAUGUUGUAGUAAUUUAAUCAGUAAGCAAGGUAUUCUAUUAUCUUUUGAAAAUUUAAUUGUUACUGUUAUUGUAUGUAAUAAUAAAGUAUAGAAAUUGUGAUUAUACCAAAGUAGGUAAUUAAUAUUUUGUAAGAAGUGAUUUAUACAAAAUUUUCUUUAUAUAACAUAUCGGUCCUGAAGAAAAGGUAAUAUAUAACUUCAUAUAUGUUAUAAAAGUAUUUAUUGAAAAUAACAAAAGUAAUAUCGGGCUAAACUUUGUAACUGUUUAGUUUCUAUGUUUUCUUAUUCAAAAUAUAAUAAGUUUUAUUGUUUUAAACAAGUAGGUAGUAGCUGUGGUAGUAGUUGAUCCCAUACUCUUAAACCGUGUUAUAAAAUUGAAACAGUAUUUUUAAUUAUGGAAAAUGUAAGCAAGAAGCGCGCAUAAUAUUUACGUCCUACUACGACCAUCACGAAGUAUAAAUUUGAGGUUAAUAAUACUGUUUCAAUCUAAAUAUUGUUGCAUAGUUUCACAGACAUUCCUAUAAUUUAUAUAAAAUGUAUAUUUGUUAUAGUAACUCUCCUAUUUACUGCUAUAGUAUGUAUACCUACUUGCGUAAUAUUUGUCGUUUUUCAAGUAAGGAAGCAUGAAGCAUUAGAUUUUUUUGCUUUUGAUUUGUUGUCGGGAAUCUCACUAUAGACGAUUUAUUUUCUUAG